AUGUCCCACUCACUGCAGCUCACUCUCCUUCACCUCCUGCUUCAGAUGAUCCUCUCAAUCUCCAGCAACUUGCCCAGUGGGAAGAAGGAGAUUGCAAUAGAGGGGGAUCUGGUGAUCGGGGGUUUGUUCCCAGUCCAUGAGAAAGGCAACGGUUUGGAAGAUUGUGGAAGGAUCAACGAACAACGUGGCAUUCAACGGCUGGAGGCUAUGCUGUUUGCAUUGGAUGCGAUAAACAAGGACCCCAGCAUUUUGCCUGGAAUUAAGCUUGGGGCCCAUAUCCUGGACACCUGCUCCAAGGACACUUAUGCUCUGGAGCAGUCACUGGAGUUUGUGAGGUCCUCACUAACGAAAGUAGACGAGACAGAAUACAUCUGCCCAGAUGGGUCUUAUGCCAUCCACGAUGACACGGCCUUUGCCAUAGCUGGGGUGAUCGGUGGCUCCUACAGUGAUGUGUCUAUCCAGGUGGCCAACUUGCUCCGCUUGUUCCAGAUCCCACAGAUCAGCUAUGCCUCAACCAGUGCCAAGCUGAGUGAUAAAUCACGCUAUGAUUACUUCGCCCGGACUGUACCUCCAGAUUUCUACCAAGCGAAAGCCAUGUCUGACAUCCUGCGCUUCUUCAACUGGACAUAUGUCUCCACCGUGGCAUCUGAGGGUGACUACGGCGAGACGGGCAUCGAGGCCUUUGAGCAGGAAGCUCGUUCCAGGAACAUCUGCAUCGCCACCUCGGAGAAGGUGGGUCGCUCCAUGAACCAGAAGACAUACGACGGGGUCAUCAAAGCUCUGAUGCAGAAGCCCAACGCCAAAGUGGUGGUCCUGUUCACAAAGAGCGAGGAUGCUCGGGAGCUGCUAGCCGCUGCCCGUAGGCUCAAUGUGUCCUUCAUGUGGGUGGCCAGCGAUGGCUGGGGUGCACUGGAGAAUGUGGUCAAGGGCAACGAGCAGGCAGCCAACGGGGCGAUAACUAUCGAACUGGCAGCCCAUGACAUUGAGGAGUUUACAACCUAUUUCAUCAACCUCAGCGCUUACAAUAACACCAGGAAUUCCUGGUUUAGGGAGUUCUGGGAACAGAAGUUUCAUUGCAGCUUAAGGACACUUGACUGUGGCAGGAACUCCCUCAAAAUGAAGUUUGAGCAGGAGACAAAGAUCAUGUUUGUGCUGAAUGCGGUAUACGCCAUGGCCCAUGCCCUCCACAACAUGCAACGGGCACUCUGUCCCAACACCACCAAGCUCUGCGACAACAUGAGGCCCAUGAAUGGGAAGAAGUUUUACAAGGAUUACAUCAUAAAAGUUCACUUUGAUGCUCCUUUUCAACCUCACGAUACAAAGAGUGAAAUCCGAUUUGAUACAUUUGGAGAUGGAAUUGGCCGUUAUAAUAUCCUUAAUUUCCAGUUGAAAGGUGGGAGAUACUCCUAUGAGAAGGUUGGCUACUGGGGAGAAGAUCUCACAUUGAACACCAGCUUGAUUCCCUGGGCCAAGUCAUCCAUCCCCACAUCACAAUGCAGUGACCCCUGCGCCAAGAAUGAAGCCAAGAGUAUGCAGCGCGGAGAUGUCUGCUGCUGGCUCUGCAUUGCCUGUCAUCCUUAUGAGUUUCUCUAUGAUGAGUUCACUUGCAUGGAUUGUGGGCCUGGAAGGUGGCCCACUGAGGAUCUCAGCAGCUGCUAUGAGCUUCCAGAAGAAUAUAUCAAAUGGGAGGAUGCUUGGGCCAUUGGGCCCAUCACCAUUUCCUGCCUCGGCUUUAUCUCAACCCUCUGCGUGUUUGGAAUCUUUGUUAAAAAUAAUAACACUCCAGUGGUGAAGGCAUCAGGACGAGAGCUCUGUUACAUCCUUCUCAUUGGGGUCCUGAUGUGUUAUAGCAUGACCCUGAUCUUCAUUGCAAAACCCUCGACCACGGUAUGUACCUUACGUCGUUUAGGAUUGGGGUCCUCCUUUGCAGUUUGCUACUCGGCCCUCCUCACCAAGACGAACCGCAUCGCCAGAAUCUUCAACGGCGUAAAAGAUGGCACGCAGAGACCACGGUGCAUCAGCCCAACUUCCCAGGUGGUGAUCUGCUUGGCACUGAUCUCUUGCCAAUUAAUUGUCGUCAUCGUGUGGCUUGUGGUGGAAACGCCUGGCACCAGAAAGGAAACCACGCCCGAGAAGCGGGACAUUGUCACUCUCAAGUGCAACACCAAGGAAUCCAGCAUGCUCACCUCGUUGACGUACACUGUGGUUCUCAUUGUGCUCUGCACUGUGUACGCCUUUAAAACCAGGAAGUGCCCUGAGAAUUUCAAUGAGGCCAAGUUCAUUGGGUUCACCAUGUAUACCACAUGUAUAAUCUGGCUGGCCUUCCUGCCAAUCUUCUACGUCACCUCCAGCGACUAUAGGGUCCAGACGACCACCAUGUGUAUCUCCGUUAGUCUGAGUGGCUCUGUUGUGCUGGGCUGUCUGUUCGCCCCCAAAGUCCACAUCAUCCUCUUCCAGCCUCAGAAAAAUGUGGUUACCCAUCGGGUGGCGACUAGUCGUUUCAGCGUGACUGGGUCAGGGGCUGUCCACUCGCAUGGUUCCGCUGUGCAUUACGUGCCAACUGUAUGUAAUGGACGAGAGAUAGUGGACUCCACAACAUCGUCACUAUGA